CGCUCCGCGCGCGCCGCUGCAGCUUUCUCUUUACACUCGGCUCCUCUUUUUCUUCGCGCUCUUUUAUUCGUCGCGCUUCUCAACUGCUGCACUUUAUUCCUCUUCCUCGAGCGGGACACACACUCACACACACUCACACUCACUCACACACACACACACUCACACACACACACUCACACACACACACACACUCACACACACACACUGCAAACAUGAUGUCCAUGAACAGCAAGCAGCCUCACUUCGCCAUGCACGCGAGCCUACCUGAGCACAAAUACACCACCUUGCACUCGAGCUCGGAGGCCAUCAGGAGAGCGUGUCUGCAGACUCCACAGCUGCAGAGUAACAUCUUCGCCAGUCUGGAUGAGACGCUGCUGGCCCGUGCCGAGGCUCUGGCCGCGGUGGACAUCGCCGUUUCGCAGGGCAAGACGCAUGGCCCAUUUAAGCCGGACGCCACCUACCACACCAUGAACAGUGUGCCAUGCUCGUCUGCGUCCACGGUGCCGCUCGGGCAUCAUCAUCACCACCAUCACCAUCAUCACCCUCACCCGCAGAGCUUAGACCCGCCGGACCUGAUGGAGCACAUCGGGUCACCGAGUCUUGCCCUGAUGCCCAGCGGGCACGAAGGAGCGGGCAGCGGGGGAGGUGGUGGCGGUGGAGGCGGAGGUGGUGCCAGCUUGAUUUCGACUCCAGCUCAUCCACACUCACACAUGCACGGUUUGAGCCACCUUUCGCACCAGGCUGCCAUGGGCAUGACCUCACCACUCGGGCAUCACGGGCUUCUGCCCGGCCAUCACCCUGUGGGUGCAGCGGGCACAGGAGUGGCACACGGUGCCCCCGGACUGCACAGCGGCGGUCUGCCCACCAUCAGCGACUCAGACACAGACCCCAGAGAGCUGGAGGCCUUCGCCGAGAGAUUCAAACAGCGACGGAUCAAGCUGGGGGUCACCCAGGCUGACGUAGGCGGUGCCCUCGCCAACCUAAAGAUACCAGGCGUGGGGUCGUUAAGCCAGAGCACCAUCUGCAGGUUCGAAUCCCUCACCCUCUCCCACAACAACAUGAUCGCCCUCAAGCCUAUCCUGCAGGCCUGGCUGGAGGAGGCCGAAGGAGCGCAGCGAGAAAAAAUGAGCAAACCUGAAAUUUUCAACGGCGGAGAGAAAAAACGCAAGAGGACCUCCAUAGCAGCUCCUGAGAAACGGUCACUGGAGGCGUAUUUUGCUGUCCAGCCUAGGCCGUCCUCAGAGAAAAUAGCAGCCAUUGCUGAAAAAUUGGACUUGAAAAAGAACGUGGUGAGGGUUUGGUUCUGCAACCAAAGACAGAAACAAAAGAGGCUGAAAUUUUCAGCCACCCACUGA